AUGACAAAACAUUAUUAUACGGCCACCAUUCGAGUGUACAAUAUCUUUGAACUCUUCGGUGUGGAACAAAUUUGCCGUACCUCCUAUAUGAAUUUAUCCAAAAUCGCAACAUUGACGCACCAUGAAUAUCAACAAUUGAUCCAAAUUGCCCUUGCCCUAAGGUCCUUGCCCCAUGCGGAGGAAGACUCUACUGGUGAACCUAGGGACGAAGACUUUGCAGAC